AUGGUCCUCGAUGUGUCGUCGCUUACCCUUGGCCGAGCAGAUCUUUCCACGCGCCCAGGUGGUGUGCUAGUACACAAAACGGACUACGUCCGUGUUACCCAAUAUCAUUAUGCUCGCAUUACACCAGAUAGUCCCGGACGCGGCGUAUGUACUGAUCACGUCGCAUCGUCUACCGUUGUCGUAUUGCACUGUCCAACAACCCGCCGCACGACGCUUUCGCAUGCACCGAAUUUCAUGUACAUGUCUAGCUUUCUCCCACUAGUUGAAUGGGUGAUCGGCGGAUCAGGAGAACUCGAAGAAUGGUCGGAGGGGGAGCAAAAUGCUUUUCUUGAAGGUCGGGGGACGCACCCACUUCCUUGCCUGCUCGAAGCGUACGUCUUGCGCGGGUUUGCAUAUGCGCAUCGUGGAGCGGAGAAAUUCAACCACGCGGGCUGGAUCAAGGACUUCCGAAUGUUCUUUCGAACGGUUGCGCAAGCACGCCACAUCUCGUUACACAUCGAGGACUCACCGCGACUUCUAUCGGCUGGUGCACUACUCGUCGACAAGGGCACCGGAAAGAUCACGCACGUCGAGCUUGCACCGGAAGUUAUGCCACCGCCGCCGAACAGGAUGAUCCUAAAAUUUGAGAACCCCGAGUUUGCAGGCCAGUUUACCUCUGCCCAGGAGCAGCAAGACCUGUUCAUGGGUGCCCUACUAAAUGCGCGUUACACGCCCGUUCCGACGCCAUUGCGAUUACAGUUCGACUCACAGGAUUAUCGUCUCCCACAUCCGUUGUGCGACGAAGCAAGGCAACUCAUUCGCUCGAAGCGCCUCGAAGAGCCCGCGGUGGCGCAGAGCAUUAUCAUCCGACGUUUUGGGCUCUCCGAAGACUGGAUGUUCCCUAAUCUCGGAAAAAGCUCGCCUACAUCUUCUAAUGACCGACCCGAACUCCGUGUUUUGCGUAAUUUGCUUGCAUCGACAGCGCUGGACCGCCCGUGCGAGUUGUGUCCUCUGGAAGCGACUAAGACCUGCGGUGCCUGCCGUGGAGCGUGGUAUUGCGGCGAUGCGCACCAAAGGAGGGAUUGGAAAUUCCACAAGUCGUGGUGCAGGCAACAUCCGUAUGAGGAAGGCAAGCCUCUGAACUGA